AACUUUGAGCAUUCUCAGCCUAAAGGGUCUGGGGGGAUGAGAUAAAGAUGCCGGGGUCGCUCAGUAAUGAAGACGAGGGACAAGACGACAUGGAUUUUGAAGACGAUAUGCCAGAUGAGGAUGACGAAGGUGAACGCCACACUGUUCCCCUCACGCCGCUCGAAAGCUUCUUCUCCGAUGAUGACUCCCUCAAACAACAGAAGAAGAAGAAGCCCAAAAAGAUGAAAGAGGGGAAAAUGCUCAAGGUUAAGAAGAGGAAAAAGGAGGGAGAGAGAGACAAAGCCUCUGAGAUGGAGGAGGAACGUGAACGUCCAGAGAUUGGCUCAGAGAGCGAGAGCAGCACCUACGGACCCACGAAGAAAAAGAAAAAGAAACCAAAAGAAAAGAAAGAGAAAAAGCCCAGGAAGAAGAAGAGAGACGAUGAGGAUGAUGAAGAUGAUGAUGAUGAUGGAAAUAUGAAAGAACCCAAGUCAUCCAGCCAGCUCAUGCAAGAGUGGGGCCUAGAGGACGUCCAAUAUGGUUUCACGGAGGAGGACUAUAAAACCAUCACCAACUAUAAGGCCUUCAGCCAGUUCCUCAGGCCUCUCAUCGCCAAGAAGAACCCCAAGAUUCCCAUGUCAAAGAUGAUGACCGUGUUGGGUGCCAAGUGGCGGGAGUUCAGCGCCAACAACCCGUUCAAAGGCGCAUCUGCCACUGCUGUGGCCGCCGCCGUGGCCGCCGCCGUGGAAACGGUUACGGUAGCUCAGCCAAUCUCUGUGAGCAGCGGCCAGACGGGCGCUCAGCUGGGGCCAGUCAAAAAAGCCAAAACCAAAGAGGGAAAGGGGCCAGGGGUUAGAAAGAAGAGCAAGACCAUGAAAGAGGUGAAGAAGAAGCCGAAGCCGAAGAAGACCAAAUCAAAGUCAGGCCAAAGUGCAAAGAAGAAGAAAGCAUCCUCGAGUGAGGAGGACUUCUUGGAGGAGUCAGACUUUGAUGACAUCAGCAUCCACAGUGCCUCUGUGCUUUCUGAUACCUCGGGGGCAGCCGCCAAGAAAAAGCCCCGACGUGGGCGCAAAAAAAGGAAAAAGGAGGAUGGGGAUGGCUAUGAGACAGACCACCAGGACUACUGCGAGGUGUGCCAACAAGGUGGGGAGAUCAUCCUGUGUGACACCUGUCCCAGAGCCUACCAUUUAGUCUGUCUGGACCCUGAACUGGAGAAGGCCCCCGAGGGCAAGUGGAGCUGCCCACACUGUGAGAAGGAGGGUAUCCAGUGGGAGGCCAAGGAUGACGAUGAGGAGGAGGAGGAGGCUGCGGGCGAGGAGGAGGAUGACCACAUGGAGUUCUGCCGUGUGUGUAAGGACGGAGGAGAGCUGCUGUGCUGCGACACCUGUCCAUCCUCCUAUCACAUCCACUGUCUCAACCCGCCCCUGCCCGAGAUCCCCAACGGAGAGUGGCUCUGCCCACGCUGCAUGUGCCCACCCCUAAAAGGCAAAGUACAGAAGAUCCUUCAUUGGACGUGGGGGGAACCCCCGCUGCCGGCUGAGCUGCCUCCUGGCCCUGACGGCAAGCCCGCAGACCCGCUGGCCAAGCCCCCGCUCAAGGGCCAUCCAGAGAGGGAGUUCUUUGUGAAGUGGGCUGGCCUGUCCUACUGGCACUGCUCCUGGGUCAGCGAGCUGCAGUUGGAGCUUUACCACAUGGUCAUGUACCGUAACUACCAGCGUAAGAAUGACAUGGAUGAGCCCCCACCGUAUGACUAUGGAUCCGGAGAGGAAGAGCUUAACAGUGAGAAGAGGAAGAGCAAAGAUCCUCAGUAUGCUGUGAUGGAGGAGCGCUUCUAUCGAUAUGGCAUCAAACCAGAGUGGAUGGUCAUCCACCGGAUACUUAACCACAGCUUUGACAAGGACGGGGAUGUACAUUACUUGAUCAAGUGGAGAGACUUGCCCUAUGACCAGAGCACCUGGGAGGUGGAUGAUUUUGACAUCCCAGAAUAUGACAGCCAUAAAGCUUGCUACUGGGACCACAGGGAGCAGAUACUCGGGGAGGACCAACGCCCCCUGUUGGCUAGGAAAGGAAAGAAACUGAAAGAGGACCAUCCUAAGAGGGAAGUCCCGCCUGACGCCCCCAUCAUUGACCCAACCAUCAAGUUUGAGCAUCAGCCGUGGUACAUUAACGCCACUGGGGGUACCUUGCACCCAUAUCAGUUGGAGGGGCUGAAUUGGCUGAGAUUUUCCUGGGCACAAGGCACAGACACCAUCCUGGCCGAUGAGAUGGGCCUGGGAAAGACAGUGCAGACCAUAGUGUUCCUCUACUCACUCUACAAGGAGGGUCAUUCUAAGGGGCCCUUCCUAGUGAGUGCACCCCUGUCCACCAUCAUCAACUGGGAGAGGGAGUUUGAGAUGUGGGCCCCAGACUUCUAUGUGGUGACGUACACUGGGGACAAAGACAGCAGGGCCAUCAUCAGGGAGAAUGAGUUCACCUUUGAAGACAGUGCAGUCAAGUCAGGACGGAAGGUUUUCCGCAUGAAGAAAGACACACCUAUCAAGUUCCAUGUGCUGCUGACAUCUUAUGAGCUGAUCACCAUCGACCAGGCCAUUCUGGGCUCCAUCAGUUGGGCCUGUUUGGUAGUGGACGAGGCCCACAGACUCAAGAACAACCAGUCAAAGUUUUUCAGGAUCCUCAAUGGGUAUAAAAUUUACUACAAGCUGCUGCUGACUGGGACUCCGCUUCAGAACAACCUGGAGGAGCUGUUCCACUUGCUUAACUUCCUCACCCCCGAGCGCUUCAAUAACCUGGAUGGCUUUCUGGAGGAGUUUGCCGACAUCUCUAAGGAGGACCAGAUCAAGAAACUGCAUGAUCUGCUGGGGCCGCACAUGCUCAGACGGCUGAAAGCGGACGUCUUCAAGAACAUGCCGGCCAAGACAGAGCUCAUCGUCCGAGUGGAACUCAGCCCAAUGCAGAAGAAGUACUACAAGUUCAUCUUGACGCGGAAUUUUGAGGCUCUGAACUCCAAGGGUGGAGGAAACCAGGUGUCGCUGCUCAACAUCAUGAUGGACCUAAAGAAGUGUUGCAACCAUCCGUACCUGUUCCCCGUGGCUGCUGUGGAAGCCCCUGUAUUGCCGAAUGGUUCUUAUGAUGGCAAUCUGCUGGUAAAGUCCUCAGGAAAACUGACUCUGCUUCAGAAGAUGCUGAAGAAACUUAAAGAUGAAGGGCACAGAGUUCUGAUUUUCUCCCAGAUGACCAAGAUGCUGGAUCUGCUGGAGGAUUUUCUGGAGUAUGAGGGAUAUAAAUAUGAACGUAUCGAUGGAGGCAUUACAGGAGGCUUAAGGCAGGAGGCCAUUGACCGAUUCAACGCACCGGGCGCACAGCAGUUCUGCUUUUUGCUUUCAACUCGAGCUGGUGGCCUUGGCAUCAACUUGGCGACUGCAGACACCGUGAUUAUCUACGACUCCGACUGGAAUCCCCACAAUGACAUCCAAGCAUUUAGCAGGGCCCACCGUAUAGGCCAGAAUAAAAAGGUGAUGAUCUACCGUUUUGUGACGCGAGCCUCGGUGGAGGAAAGGAUCACUCAAGUGGCCAAGAGGAAGAUGAUGUUGACCCACCUGGUGGUGCGGCCCGGCCUGGGCUCCAAGACGGGCUCUAUGUCCAAACAGGAGCUGGAUGACAUCCUCAAAUUCGGCACUGAGGAGCUCUUCAAAGAUGAGGUGGAGGCAGCUAGAGCCAUGGGUACGAUAAUGGUGCUAUAACACAUGUGCUCCUCUCAUUACUGGUCUCUAACCAGCCAAAAAGGAUUCAAUUCUUCACUUGCUAAAAGUUUUUCAUCAACAGGGGACAUUAAAGACGGCGAGGAAGGCAGUGUGAUCCACUAUGAUGACAAUGCUAUUUCCAAACUCCUCGACCGCAGCCAGGAUGCCACCGAGGACACCGAGAUUCAGAACAUGAACGAGUACCUCAGCUCCUUCAAGGUGGCCCAGUAUGUGGUGAAAGAGGAGGAUGGCGAGGAGGAGGUGCAGCGGGAGAUCAUUAAGCAGGAGGAGAAUGUGGACCCAGACUACUGGGAGAAACUCCUCCGACACCACUACGAGCAGCAACAGGAGGACCUAGCCCGCAACCUUGGCAAGGGCAAACGCAUCCGCAAGCAGGUCAACUACAACGAUACCACCCAGGAAGAUCAAGAAUGGCAGGAUGAUCUUUCAGACAAUCAGUCCGAGUAUUCUGUGGGGUCCGAGGACGAGGACGAAGACUUCGAGGAGAGACCUGAAGGAGGGCGCAGACAGUCUCGCAGGCAGCUUAGAGGGGAGAAAGACAAACCUUUGCCCCCACUACUUGCACGCGUAGGGGGCAACAUCGAGGUCCUGGGGUUCAAUGCUCGCCAGAGGAAAGCCUUCCUCAAUGCCAUCAUGCGCUGGGGCAUGCCCCCUCAAGAUGCCUUCAACUCCCACUGGUUGGUCAGAGAUUUGAGAGGGAAAAGUGAGAGGGAGUUCAGGGCCUAUGUGUCUCUGUUCAUGAGACACCUUUGUGAGCCAGGGGCGGAUGGAGCAGAGACCUUUGCUGAUGGAGUCCCACGUGAGGGACUGUCCCGCCAGCACGUCCUCACCAGGAUCGGAGUCAUGUCCCUUGUGCGGAAAAAGGUGCAGGAAUUUGAGCAUGUGAACGGUAAGCUGAGUUCUCCAGAUCUGAUCCCUAUUGGCAUGGAGCUGAAGAAACUGACAGAGAGUCUGUCCUCCGAUCCAAACACCCCGGUGCCAGCCAGCCCAGUGGCUACGCAGCCCGGUACCCCUGUCCCACCAGAGAAGACCGAGUCUCUCUCGGGCUCUGCUGAGGACAAGGAGUCCAUGGAGCAAGAGAACAAGAAAAUGACAGAACAGGAGACUUCUGCAGGCACAGAGCAAGCUUCUGAACCAGAGAAAGUCACUGACAGGGAAGAGACCAAGGCCGGCACAGAGGAGAAAACGGGAGAGGAGAGGGAUAGAACUGAGUCUCCCUCAACGAGGACAGAAUUGUCUGCUAACCCUAAGGAGCCCGCUUUGAAACAGACAGAGCCGCCUCACAAUCAAACUUCGCCCAAAGUGGAGCCCUGUAAAGACUCUGAGAGGUCAUCAGAGAAAGGGGAGAGUGAUCCGCCUGCGAAAACAGAAGACAAGGAAAAUAAGCCAGCUGUUACAGAUGAUGUGAAGAGCGAAGACAUGCCAGAGGGUCGAUUAAAUGGAGAAAAAGACACUCUGGAUGAAACAGAUGAGAGCAGGAGGGAGGACAAAAAUGGGUGCAAAACCAGGUUCAUGUUCAAUAUCGCAGAUGGAGGCUUCACAGAGUUGCAUACCCUCUGGCAAACAGAGGAGCGAGCAGCAUUGUCAUCUGGGAAGAUGUACGACAUCUGGCAUCGCCGCCAUGACUACUGGCUACUGGCUGGAAUUGUAACACACGGCUACGCACGCUGGCAGGACAUUCAGAAUGACCCGCGCUACGCCAUCCUAAAUGAGCCCUUUAAGACAGAGAUGCACAAGGGAAAUUACCUGGAGAUGAAAAACAAAUUCCUGGCCCGACGCUUUAAGUUGUUGGAGCAGGCUCUGGUGAUUGAGGAGCAGCUGAGGAGGGCGGCAUACCUGAAUAUGACCCAGGACCCGAGUCACCCGGCCAUGGCCCUCAACACACGUUUCGCUGAGGUGGAGUGCCUGGCCGAGUCCCACCAGCACCUAUCCAAGGAAUCCCUGGCUGGGAACAAGCCGGCCAAUGCAGUCCUGCACAAAGUGCUGAAUCAACUGGAGGAACUCCUGAGUGAUAUGAAGGCGGAUGUGACACGGCUGCCCAACAUGCUGUCCAGGAUCCCCCCAGUGUCGGCCCGCCUGCAGAUGUCUGAGAGGAGCAUCCUCAGCCGGCUGACCAACCGAGGCAACGAACCCCCGCCACAGCAGGGCGGUUUCAGCUGCUCCCAGAUGUAUGGCAGCAGCUUCGGUGGAGGAUUCAGAGGACCAGGUGGACAACCCAUGGUCAACUACAGUCAGAUGCCUCUGGGACCCUAUGUCAGUGUAUCAUCCAAUGGUCCCCCACCCCCUUCAAGCCAUCUGGACAAGAAGUCAAUUGACUCCCUGAGAGACGUGGCCACCCCUGACCUCAAGUCAGGCAAACCCAGUGAUGUCAUCUGCAUCGAGGACUGAGACCAGC